AUGAAGCGUUCAUUUUUGAUGGAUUCAUUACUCAGUGAUGUUCCACUGACGAAGGAGGUUAGCUUGGAUUCCCCAACUGCCUCUGCAAUGGCAUCUGGUUCAACAACGCCACCAACCAUGGGAGCGGCAGCAGCUGCGGCCGCGGCAGCUAUAUUGCCCAACAUCCCAAUGUUCCCAUACCCCGCAAGUUAUGUGGGCAGCUAUCUAUUCUCGUUGGGUAUCCAGCAGCAGCAACAACAACAACAAGCAGCGGCGGCGGCAGCAGUUGCAGCAGCAGCUUCAUUGCAUCACCACUCCAACUCUCAGACUGCGGCGACACAUUCACCUCGUCUGCAUCCGUAUACUGCAUCGCUGUUAUCACACAAACGAAAAUCUCUCAACUAUGAAAACUAUUCUACUCCAACUGGCCUACCUUACAAUAGUCAAACGUUGCCGCUUACCGACGCUUUCUGUAUAUCACCCUCUGCCUCAUCCACGGGAUCAACAAUGGAAUAUGGCAAUUAUGGAGAAGAAACACCGGCGACAAAACAUUUCAAGCAAGAUUCCGCUUCCUGUUCGCCAAUCAGCUCGCCUAACAAAAGCAUAAGCUCGUGCCCGAUCAACCAAUGUUUAGUCUCAACUACUUCCAAUGCGUCUUAUUCAUCCCACACUACUUCCUCGGUCACAUCGUGCGUGCGUAGUCUUCCCCUGGAUAUCACACCCGUGAUUACCGAUUACGCGGAUUCCAGCAAACGCAUUCGCACCGCUUUCACCAGCACUCAACUACUUGAACUGGAGCGCGAGUUCUCGCUCAACGCAUACUUGUCUCGUCUACGUCGCAUUGAGAUCGCCAACAGAUUGCGUCUCUCCGAAAAACAAGUUAAGAUUUGGUUCCAAAAUCGUCGAGUAAAACAAAAGAAAGGAUCGGACAGCCCAACGUAUAGUUUUACCGCCGGUAGCAUGAGUCCGUCGUCAUCAUCGGGUGAUAAACAGCUGCCGAGUCCCUCGUGCUCUCCAGUCCUCACAGGUCAAAGGUGCUGUUGUGCAAAUAAUGUAAAGGUCGAGCAGAAAUUGGAAGAUGAAUCGGCUACACAUUGCGGCAAUCGAUCCUGUAGACUAAUUGAAAUUUAA